AUGCGCCCGCUCACCGCACUGCUAGUACUGGCCGCGAGCCACUGCGCAUACGCAUACCAGCCGCAAACGCCGCGCGAGCGCCUCGACAACACGUUACAUUCAUUGCUCGGAGAACAUUACAACCCCAUACAACGCAUAUUAUCCUGCACAUACGUUCUAGGAACCACCAAAUGUCUCAGUGCUCUAAGUACGUGGCGUGCAGAACGCGCUAUCGCAGCCUACGCCAAAGAUCCCGCCACCCGGUUCAACCUGACUGAGGAUGUGGAACAGUUCCCAUGGCUGAAGUACAGUAACAUCUCCGACGAACAGUUAUACUCACAGCUCUAUGAUGAUACCAGGAACUUGUUACGGUAUCGACCCCUGGACUUGAACUUGGUACCCGGUUAUAACUUGCAUUUGGGCUCUAAAGGCAACGGAACAGUGAACCUUGAUAUUUAUACAAGCGACAACUCCGAAACAGGCCGAAGCAGCAUGAAGAAGUUAAAGAAGUAUUUUUACAGAUUCGCACCACUUAUGUUAGUACCGGGGCUGGUGAUGUCAGCUAUCUUCCCUUUUAUCUUGCCAGGCUUAAAGAUGAUGACCCUGAUGGUCGGAAUGAUGAACAACAUGGCGUUAAUGGGUGCUAUAUUUACAAUACUAAGGAAUAACGCCUUCAAUGACAAGUAUGAACAUAAAGUGGUCUAUGUCAACAGCGGGUAUGACAAUGAGAAGUAUUUUUCUGCAUCAAACGCUGAAGAGCAUAUACACACGGAUCAUAUAGGAGAACUCUUCGAGGAUACUAAACGACCUCUAAGACAUGAAGACCAUGGCUAUGGGGAAGAUUUUGACAACAUUGAAGAGCUACCAGCUAUUUCUGUAAAUCCAGAAUGGUUGAAAGCAUACGCCGAUGGGAAAAUGUUAGCUCUCAUAGGGAAGGAUCAGCAUAAUAAGAAAAAACAUUAGGAUAUCAAACUAUGUUCAGUAUUUUCCCUACAUAAUGUUCACUUGCCAGUUUGAAAACUAUUUUAGUGUAAGGACUGAAGCUUGGAAUUUCAAUGCUUUAAUGUUGUGACGAAGGGUACGUCCAGUAGGUAAUUUAGUUUAGUUCUUUAAUAUUAUUUAUUUUAGAAAAAUAAGCGUUUAUGCCAACACAACCACUUUAUUAAUCUCGAUAACAAGCUCUGUACUGAAAUAUAAUAGUAUAGUGUUCAUUAUUAAUUUAAGCUUUAUUUUAUUAAACUUGGCUUCCAUUUUAGUUUCUAGAAUGUUACUAUACAGUAGCUAUUAAUUCUGGUCACAAGUUAUUUCUUAUAUCAUAUAAUGUUAGCUUAGUAAAGAAAAAAAACUCAAAUGUCUGGAAUUUUAGGGCCCAUGUUUUUUUUUUGCAAAUAAGUGUAAGUUUUUUUCUUUUACUCUAUCUUGUUACAGAGCCUUAUUUAUGACCUGAUGUAGUGCUGUUCAUUGCCACUUUUUGUUAUCUUACUUGUAGCUACAUACUUCUAGUCUUUACCACUUGUUAAAUUAUAUUAUAGCUAAUUUAUUUGUUACUUAUUAUAUUUGUUGUGUAUUAUUUUUGUAAAA